AUGUCAUCUCCACGCGCCAGUUCGAGCGGCAGCGACGGGUCUCGUGCACGCUGAUGUUCGUAUGAACUAGCCGCGGACGCCUCAACAUCAUCAUCCUCAUCAGUUUGACCGAGCAGACAUGUCUGUCACCGAGAUGUUCGGUUACAUCCAGGGUUUCCUGGACGCGGACCAGGAAACCAGAGAGGAUAUUCGUAAGGUGGUUCAGAUACUGGAGCAGACUGCUAGAGAAAUACUCACCGUACUCCAAAGUGUCCACCAACCAAGUGGAUUCAAGGAAAUUCCCAAUAAAUGUGCAAAGGCGCGCGAGUUGUUCUGCACAGUCAGGACACACAUUGCAGACCUCAAAACAAAAUUUCCCAUGGAGCAGUAUUACAGGUUCCACGAACACUGGAGGUUUGUCCUGCAGCGCUCGGUUUUCUUGGCAGCCUUUGUCGUCUACCUGGAGAGUGAAGCGCUUGUAACUCGGGAGGAGGUGGCUAAGAUCCUUGGCAUUGAGGUGGUGCGAGAGAGAGGCUUUCACCUGGAUGUUGAGGAUUACCUGGCAGGUGUGCUGAUCAUGGCUAGUGAACUGUCACGACUGGCAGUGAACAGCGUCACAGCAGGAGACUACAACCGGCCACUCCGCAUCUCCAACUUCAUCAACGAGCUAGACUCCGGCUUCCGCCUGCUCAAUCUGAAGAAUGACCCGCUGCGGAAGCGCUACGACGGUCUGAAGUACGACGUUAAGAAAAUUGAGGAGGUGGUGUACGACCUGUCCAUCCGUGGCCUUGCCAAGGAGUCAGAGUCUGGAGGGGGAAAGUAGAGGUCAGAAGUCGUGAUUGGCUGUGGGAGAUGGAGGAGGGCGCAGUUGCUACCCAGAGCUGGAACCUCUCCACGGCUGCUGCAGAUCGGAGACCUUAUCUCACCUUGAAGGCUAGACCCCGGGAUCUGCCUGAUGCCCCAGCAGCCAACGACAGACUGUGUAUAUGUGCAGGAAAGUUAGUGCAUGAGUGUAUGCAUGGUUCACGUGGAUGGCAGUCUGUCAGAGGGGUGGCAGAAGUGGGGAGUUUGAGAUAGAAUCCCUCAUUCAGAAGCUCAGCGACUGAAGUUUGGUUGGUUGUUAAUUGUUUUUUGGAAAUCUGUGUCGUUGGCAUCAUCUGAUGCAAAUGGCAUUUUUCCUGAGUUGGUUUUGCAACUGUUUCUUAUUUGCAACAAUUUCCUUUUAUUGAGUCAUUUGGUGUUCAGUUCAUACAAGAGGAUAAGAAGAGGUUGCUCCUGCUGCGCAGAGCUUACAUUUGUUUCGUGUUCAUUUGCAAAAACAAAAACGUGAAAUGUGUUUCUGUUUUUCACCAAAUUCAUCGAUGCCUGAUAUAUCUUGGGACUCUGACUUUGUGUUAAAGGCUCUUGCCUGAUUUUGGACAUUUGGUGCAAGAUUAAGAUCAUUGAAGUUUGAAGCAUAUUCUUCUUUUCAUAUUUCCAUAAGAUUCUUUUAAUUUAAUACACAGGAUUUUGUAAAUGAAGCUCUAAGAGAGGUCGAGCCAAAGAAAUGACAAAGAUGCACUUCAUAUGUUAUAAAGCUACUUUGCCAGUUAGAAACCUAUUAUUACAAAAUAUUCACAAUAUCAAGUAUUGCUUGGUCAUGUUUUUCCCAAGCGUUUCUUCAUUUGUUUCUCCUCGGCAUCACUGCUUUUUGUUCAUGUUGACCAUCUUGCGUUCCUGUUUCUGGAGUAAUACCAACCUCCACCUGUAAUGUGUAUAUUCACGUCUUUGAAUCUUUUGUCUUAAAAGAUGUUUAAAAUGA